AUGAGGAUAAGGAGCUACCUAGAAGGUAAGCCUCAUCUGACCUUAGCAAAUUUACGCAAGAUCUUUAGAUCACGCUAUCAGGAGAAAGAAGUGACUGAAAUGUACCAGUUACUUAGUUCUGGGGUGCAAGAGGGUGGAGAGACCCCCAGGGACUUCUUGGUUCGCCUUCUCGACCUUAAACCGAAAGUACUAUUUGCUUCACAAGAGGAAGAUUCUGAUUUGAAGUAUGACGUCAAACUUGUUCAGUGUAUGUUCUUACACUCAUUGCUGACGGGUCUUCGAAGUGACGGUAUUAUAUUGGAGUUGAAGCCAUGCCUCCAAAACACUCAAGUUACAGAUCAGGAACUGUUUGAAACUUGCCACAAGUACAAACCCUGUGCCACUUGUAGCUCAAGUAACCUCUACCAAGGAGACACCAACUCGGGGGUCACAAACCAUCCACAGAAGCCAACAAAACCAAACCUUCUUACAGAAUUACAGGAAAUGAAAGUAGAGCUUACUGUCAUUAGGGAGUCCAUAGGGAACCAACAUCGCACUACCACCCAGAUCAAUACAGGUUCAUAA